GCUCCUUCAGUCAGCUGAGGGUGACAUCAUUAAAAACAAGCGAUAGUUUAUUCCUGCUGGUUCGAGUUAACGUUUAGAAGAAAGACAGGAAAUAUUCGAAUUUCCACAUCCAGUGAUGGCCUUUGUUAAGAGUGGAUGGCUUUACAGGCAAAGUACUAUUCUACGCCGGUGGAAGAAGAACUGGUUUGACCUCUGGUCUGAUGGCCGCUUGAUCUUCUACGAUGACCAGCAUCGGCGGGACAUGGAAGACAAGAUCCACAUGAGGGUGGACUGUAUCAACAUCCGCACUGGAGACAUGUGCCGAGACUUCGCUCCCCCGGAAGGUAAAGGCCGGGACUCUUUGCUGCAGUUAGUGUGCAGAGAAGGCAGGACCAUCAACCUUUGUGCAGAAGGCGCAGACGAUGCCUUGGCUUGGUCGAUGGCCCUCCAGGAUGCCAGAGUAAACACGGUAUUAAAUACUCCUCCUAUUGGCUUCUCAGAAGCAACUAUGGCCUCUGCUCCUCCUCCAUAUUCUGAAUACGCUCCCUCCCAACAGGUCUUUAGCUACGAUCAUCAUGGGACAUACAACCCACCACCUCCACCCGGUUCGCAGAUUGUGUAUGCUUCCAAUGGACAGCCCUAUGCAGUUGCAUACCCCUAUUAUCAAGGCCAUUACCCACCGCCUGGCGUGAAUCAGGUCAUCGUCCGCGAGCGUUACCGUGACGACACCGGAGACGUCGCGCUGGGCAUGCUCGCGGGAGCGGCCACAGGCAUGGCCCUGGGAUCGCUCUUCUGGGUGUUUUAGUUCUCCUGUUCCCUGUGCAGGCGGCACAUCUGCGACAUACAAGUGAACUCGUCAGUGAUUGCACACUUACCAAAGCCUUUAAUGUCAAUUCACUGCAGCACUUUCCAAGUAGUAUGUGACUCACUCACUCUUUUAGAUACAUGUUCUAUGAAUGUGCUUACAAAAAUGAUCUUUUACCAUGUUGUUCGUAGUUAUCUGCUGGUAAGUGGAGUAACAUGAAGAUUUUUUUUCCAGUGUUGCCUGUCAGUUCAAGAGUUUUUAUGGGUUUUGGGUUUGUUUUAAUUUAUUUUGGUUUGUCUUCUUUUUCACAUGCCUUUCCUUACGUGUGUACUUCUUUCUUAAAAGUUGUAUUUAUACAUGUGUAUGGUUAAUGCACUCCACUUGUUCAUUCACAGAAGGCCAGUGGUGAUUGUUUUAUAAAUAUGAGGUUAUUUUUUUUUCUCCUUUAAAACUGUACAGGAAUUGCCAGUUAAGCUUUUUGGAAUAGUAACUAUUUGAUUAAGUGAUACAAUUUUGGGUGGGUACAUAAGAUUAUUGAUUUAAUUGCAUGUAAGACAUGUAAGAGAAUUUGAGUUAUGUGCUAUACCGGCAAAACCAUAACCAGUGUCCCAAUUCCACAGAAGUAGUAAAGAUGAAAAGACCUUUUCUUUCCUGAAUCAUCCAACAUAUGUUUUUCUGAAUCAUCCCAUAUUCAGUACUUCCAGGAUGGGCUCUAGGUCAGUGCGGCUCUUUUACCAGGAAUGAGUGGCAUUCCAGUGAUGGAUGGACAUUGUCAUCCUGUUAUUUGAAAAAUAUGAUUUAUUAAUAAAUUAUAUUUUAAACAAGGCAUCUUGAUGCACACAAGAAAAUCCUGGUUGUUGAGUGUAUGAGCUUGAUUGCAUUCUGGUUCUAUUAUUCUUCCAAGUAGCAUUUGUUUCUUCAAUGUACUUGAAAUGUGACAAGCUUUAAAAACAAGAUCAUUUUGCUUUGUGCUUUAUUAUUGUUAAAGGUGGUUGUGGGCUUCAUUUUCAUUUAUGUUCGUUAUUUUCUGUGAACCAUACUGCAGAGGUGUAGUGAGGCUAGAUAUUCAGAUUUAAAAGGUAAAAAAAGAUGGCCUUUCAGCUUUAAAAUGGUUUGAUAAAUGAAAUUCUCCUAUGUUUUUAAAAAACACAUUGUAGGAAAACCAAAACUAUAACUAGGGUUUCAAUUACACAAUUACAAUUCCUAUAUAAAAUCAAAUAACUUUUCAUGGUUUAUGAAAAGCUUCGUGUAGUGUUCAACAUAUCCUUUGUAGUCAAAUCCCCUUUUUUCCUGUUCUAUAUAAAACACCCUUUCCCCUCAACUUCAUGUUUAGUGAAAAAAGGGAAUAUUAUGUGGUUGUUUUUAAUAUUCACUUCAAAAUAAAAAAAACAGUACUCUAAAGUGGUCUUCAGCAUGAAUGAAAAAGAAGGACGAAUGGAUCUCAAGGUUUUCUUUUCAAACCCUCUCAUAAUUUCAGAAUUUCAAUGUAUUUCAGAAGGGUAUGUUGUAAAAUUCAAUACUCCUUUGUCAGUAAAUAAAAGUAAACCUAUU